UGCCCACAAGAACAUGCUUCUGGCAAAGGAUCUUCUUCAUUCCUCUCCAGAAGAGGAGAAGAGGAAACACAAGAAGAAGCACCUGGUGCAGAGUCUCAAAUCCUAUUUCAUGGAUGUGAAAUGCCUAGGAUGCUAUAAAAUCACCACCAUCUUUAGCCAUGCACAAACAGUUUUGUGUGUUGGCGGCUGCACUGUUCUCUGCCAGCCUAAAGAAGGAAAAGCAAGGCUUACAGAAGGGUGCUCCUUUAGAUGGAAGCAGUGCUAAAAGCACCCUGAAUCAAGAUGAGUGGGAAACCAUCCCAAUAAACACAUUUUGGAUACAAAAAAAAAA